AUGUCACUUUCGGAUUUGUUGAAUUCUUGGACUACAAAGAAAAAUGUUGUUGUUGUUUUGAUUCAAAUGAGACAGUUUAUUUUCAAUGAAAUAUUUGAAGAGGUUUGGAUUCCACGGUGUUCGCACCUGAAGGAAUUUGAACGUUCGUUAGGGUUGACUAAAAAGAAAAAAUUAAAGUUUAAAAGAGUUCGUUCAUUACCUAAUAAUAAUAGUAGUAAUAAUAAUAUUAUUCAUUAUGAUUCUUUAGAUAGGUCAAUUUUACUUUCUUCUGCAGGGCGGGCUUCAACUUACCAAGUUUUGGCUAGUGUAUGGGAGGUAGUGGGGGCAAAGGUAUCAUUUUUGGAUAAAGAAAAAUUUGACCAAUUUCUUAAAAUGGAAAUUGUUAUUCAGGAGCAAAAAGAAGGUGAUUCAGGUGUAGUGUUUAAUGUGAAACUUCAACCUACCCCAUUGAAGACUGAGAAGGUGCCUACUACAAAUGAUAAGAAUAGUGAUAUGUCACAAAAUUCCAAUAGUAGUACAAUUCAAGUAAUCGACAUUCCUGCGUAUAGGCAGGUACGCGAAAUUCGUGAGUCCUUUGAAGAUCUUGGUGAAAUUGAGAAAAUUUAUACACGAGGUGCUGGUCUUUACCAAGUUGCUUUCAUUACGUAUAAAGAUGCGAAUUCUAUUGAUUAUUUCAAUGAACAAUGGAGCUAUCAUAUUAAUAAAGACAUAGUUAGAGUUUUACCCCUGUUAUUGAGCAAGGAGGAACGCGAGAAAAGGAAGCAAUUCUCGUUAAGAUUAUCAGGUUUACAUUAUCAAACUAGUGGUUAUGAUCUUAAGGAAGUUAUGACACAAUGUAAAGGGAAAACUUGUUUCAUCCCAGCUGUUAUGAUUCGUGGUAAAUAUCAAAG